CAGUAUGGAGUCAGUAGGAGUGAAUGUGAUUGAAGUUGCUGCUUUAGGGAGACCCUUUCAGCUGGGGAUGCUCUAUGACUGCAGGAAAGAUGCUCUCGUGCCAGGAAUCACGUUGUGGAAUGAAGAAAAGCUCAAGCAGAGUAUUCGAUCUCGUCCCCAAAUUAAUACAGAUUUCAAAGUUACAGCUUCAGACUCUAUUGAAGAAAAGUCAAACUUAUUGAACAUUGAAGCGUCUAUGAAAUUGAGUCUGUUGGGUGGAUUGAUCAACGUAACCGGUGCCACCAAAUACAUCAAUGACAUCAAGAAGUCUUUCAUUCAGCAGAGAUUGACUCUACGUUUUCAUUCAACUACCAGGUUUGAAGAACUGAGCAUGAACCAUUUAGCAUCUGAAAAUAUAGCUCACCAUGAGGUGAUUGAUCAUGAUACAGCAACACACGUGGUGACGGCAGUGCUGUACGGAGCAGACGCCUGCUUUGUGUUCGACAGAGAGGUUUCUUCAGAUGAGGACAAAACUAAAGUGGAAGGAGAAGUGAAGGCAGCAUUCGAAAAACUCAAAGUUAUUACAGUAGACGUAAAUGCGAAUCUAAACAUGAAUGAGGUUCAGAAGAAUGCGGCGCAAAAAUUCAGUGUCACUUUCUAUGGUGAUUUUCAGUUGCCGUCUAAUCCGACUUCAUUUGAAGAUGCUUUGAAGGUUUACGCUGAACUUCCGAAACUGCUGGGAGAAAACAGAGAUCUUGUGGUUCCACUGAGAGUGUGGCUGUAUCCUCUGAGCAAACUUAGCUCGAGAGCUUCAAAACUUAUAAAGGAAAUCAGCAUUGAUUUAGUCAGUGACAUAGAAUCAGCAUUAGAGAGUUUAAAUACAACUGAGAUGAAAUGCAGUGAUCUUCUGAAAGACUCUCCUGCUUCAGCUUUACCUCCAUUUCAAAAUAAAAUACUGCAGAUGAAGCAGAACUGUAACAAAUACAAGUUGAGUCUCAUGAAAAAACUCGGCUCUUUGUUGCCUCAGAUCCGUGGAGAAAAGAUUGAAGACUUAGCAUUGAUAGAUCUACUGAAAGAUCAUCACGAAUCUCCAUUCAGAGAAAGUGAGCUUGCAGAAUGGUUGAAAGUGAAAGAGAAAGAGUCUGAGAUCAUUAAAACACUUCUCAGACAACUAAUUGAUUCUGGUGCAAAGGUAGAAGACAACCUAGAGGCAAUCUUGAUGGAUCUAGAUGUUGAAAAUGUUGUCAGCUACACAUUCACAUCAUUGGACUGGUCAGAUGUGCUCCUUCCUAAACAAAUGACCUACCUAAGAUCUUCAACAAUGAGAAAUGAAAAUGACCCUGACUCAAAGAAGGAAACAUCAUGGCUCACUCCUGCCAUCUACAAGACUAUGAGGAGCAACUUGGAGAUGUUUAAGAGCUUGAUUGAUUUAAAAGAUCGUAAACCAGCCAAGUUUAUUGUGUCAUUAAAACAAAUGGAGGAUCAUCCAGGUUCCUGCAUUCUCCUGUAUGAAGGUGGAUGUGUUGAAGCUGUUUGCUUCACUCCUCCAUCACAGCCGGCUCGUCCAAUCACAGCAGAGGUUAAAGGUGACAGUCUGGUUAUAAAUGUGAUGCCCUCAUCAUGUCCUGCUACAGAGGAACUCAAGUUACUCUACAAAAUAAAGCAAGAGAAGAUCUGGACAUCUCAACCUGUGCUGAAGGACCAAAAUACUGUAACUCUGACUGAUCUGAGACCAGGCACUGAAUAUGAGAUUAAAUGUGCAGCGGUGGGGAAACUCAACUACACCACUGAAUCUGAUGUGAUCAGAGUUAAUACUGAGGGGAGGAACCAACCUGUGGGAUAUUGUGGUUUGAUAAAUCCUGGAUGGGGCAGUUGGUUCAAUGCACUUCUGCAAACUCUCUACAUGACUAAUGAAUACAGAGAUCAUGUUAUGAGACUGAACACAGUUGAUGGGUCUUCUAUGGAUGAGUUCAUUAAAGAGUUAAAGGUGUUGUUCGAAAAGUUGGACACAGAGCAGGGGCCGGUCUCAACAAAAUCAACUCAAGACACAGUUCACAAGAUCUUUGCAUAUGGCUUUUUUUGGACAAUGCUUAAACAAGAAGAUAAAUACCUAAAAUGCCUGUGGAAGAUUCUUAUGGCGACUCACUCAUCUAAGAUUUUCAUGUUUGAUGAGGACUAUUGUGAAAGAUGUAAAUCACGCAAUUCUCUUUCAAUAACUGGAAUCAUCUCAGUCUCUGUUGAAGAAUUCCAAGAUGUGGAAGAUGCUCUACAGAUAAGAGAAGGAAUCAUGAAGCAGUUCUGUCAUCACUGUAAUAAACCUCUGGAGACUGCAAGUAACUUUUCUAUCAUGUACAUUGAGGAAAAUAAGUAUUUGAACACCCUGCUAUUUUGCAAGUUCUCCCACUUAGAAAUCAUGGAGGGGUCUGAAAUUGUCAUCGUAGGUGGAUGUCCACUGUGA